CAUUCUCUGUUUUCUACUUCGGGUUGUUACGGUGUAGAUAAUACUCACUAGUGAUAGGUUUUUCAACUAAACUCCUUUUUCUUUUCCAUCUUCUUCUCUGUGUCUGUAUAGACCCAUAGACCAUAGAGCCCAACCCAAAGCCCACUCCCCUCCCACACCCAGAGUGCAUGUUCCAUCCACUCCCACUACUGACUUCAACCCCUUCUUGGCCCAUCUGGGGGAUCUUCAGUGUUCUCCCCCCACACCUUUUUUUUUUUUAUUAUUUUCUUUUUUCCCUUUUCAUUUUAUUAUGAUUCUUGCGCGCUUUCUGAUCUUUUGCUUUUCUGUAAAAGUAAUCCAACCCCAACCCUGUUUUUUAGUUCCCUUGAUCCCAAUGGAUUCUGGGUAUAUUUCCUUCCCUCCAAUUCUAGGGUUUUUCUAGGGCUUUAUCAUUAAAAACUAUGCCUUUUUAGUCUCUCUAUAUUCUGGGGUCAUCACUUGUAUUCGUCACCUUUUCUCUUUUCACCGUUGAACAAUAUUCCUUUACCCUUAAUAUCGCUGGAUUUGAAUAGGGUCAUCUGGGUUCAUGGCGUAUCAGCCGAUUCCUGGUCCCAGCUUCGGCUCGAGUUCGAGUGCUGGCUUUCAAUACAUGAAUUACCCAUUUGGAGACACAACAUAUACCAAGGUCUUUGUUGGGGGACUGGCUUGGGAAACGCAAAGCGAAACGAUGCGCCGCUAUUUCGAGCAGUUUGGCGAAAUUCUGGAGGCCGUUGUCAUCACCGACAAGAAUACCGGCCGUUCCAAAGGAUAUGGUUUUGUGACUUUCCGGGAUCCAGAUGCUGCGAGGAGAGCCUGUGAUGAUCCGACUCCAAUUAUUGAUGGCCGACGUGCUAAUUGUAAUUUGGCUUCACUUGGCCGACCUCGACCUCCAGAUCCUUACGGACGUUUGAGACCAGCUUCUCCUUACAUUGAAGGUAUGCAAGCCACAGGAGGGGCUCAUGUUGGAAGUUUUGGCUACCAGUCACCUCUUUCUUACAGCUAUCAACAAGGAUUAAUGUACCCUUCUUAUAGGGUCUUUACAACCCUUAUGCGGCUCUGCAGUACCUUCAGGCAGAUGGAGUACCUGGAGCAGUUAAUGCUGCUAUCUAUCCUUAUGGACAAUUGGGUCAAACUGUUCCAAGCAGACAUGGUUUUACAGCAGUACAGGGAUUUGGAAUGCCCAGUCAUCAAAUACUGGAGUUUGGUGGCCCAAGUGCUAAUGCAAUCACCACUUCUCCAAUGGCCACAAUCCAAACACCAUAUCCUGGAGGUAUAGCAGCACCUGUUCCAGCGCAGCCAAAGUUUAUAAUUAAUACUCCUUCUCAGUUUAUGCAAGGUAGCGGUUCUAACCAAACAACUGGGUGAGGAGUUGAUCAAGGU